AUGAUUGUCCCCCGCUCAUCCUGCCGCCUGGCGAGGCAUGCUCUUCCUCAGAUACAGCUUUGCAGGAGCUCAAAUCGCAUUGCGCCAGCGGGCGCAACCCUUAGCCGUCAUGGCCGGCCUCAGUCAGACCGACGUUACAUGAGCGCCGCCGCAUAUCAAACCCCGGCCGGCCUAAAGAAUCUCCUCCGCGUCUCGGACGAGGUCGCCGAUGCCGUUGCGACAAAUAAACCUGUCGUCGCUCUGGAGUCUACCAUCUACACUCACGGUGCUUUGGGCAAUGACCUUGGCCUUGAGGAUGUCGUCCGCCAGGGUGGUGGUGUGCCUGCGGUCUGCGGUAUUCUGAACGGCGAGCCCGUUGUUGGCUUGACUGAGGAGGAAGUUGCUCUUAUGGUCAACUCUGGAAAUGCUAGCAAGGUGUCCAGAAGAGAUGUUGCACACUUGGUUGGUUUGGGCUUGACCGGCCGCAAAGUCCACGGCGGCACCACUAUUGCCGGCACCAUGCUCCUUGCCAGGCUUGCCGGCAUCCGCAUCUUCGGCACCGGUGGCCUGGGCGGCGUCCACCGUGGGGGCGAGAACACAAUGGACGUAUCCGCCGACCUUACCGAGCUUGGUCGCACCCGAGUCGCCGUAAUCAGCGCCGGUUGUAAGGGCUUUCUCGACAUUCCGCGCACCCUCGAAUUUCUUGAGACGCACGGUGCUUUCGUCGCGACCUUUGCUGACGGCCGCACCGGCAAGGUCGACUUCCCGGCAUUCUGGGCCCGCGAGAGCGGUACCAAGAGUCCUCUAGUCGUCCACACUGAGCGCGAGGCUGCUGCCAUGAUUCUUGCUCAAGAAAGGCUGAACAUCGAAUCUGGCAUGCUUUUCGCCAGCCCUAUCCCUGAGCAGUACGCCAUCCCGCGCGCCGAGAUGGACGUCGUCAUCGAGACGGCCGUCACUGAGGCGCAGGAAAAGGGCUUCACUGGCUCUACCAACACGCCGUAUGUCCUCGGCAGAAUCAGGGAGCUGACGCAGGAACGAAGCACGCUGGCCAACAAGGCUUUGGUGAGGUCCAAUGUGGCGCGGGCCACCAAGAUCGCGGUCGAGCUGUCGAAACUGCUGAACGAGGGCACCGAGUCCGCAGAUAGUUCGUCAAACACCUUUGUUUCUGGAUUUGACGCCGCUGCCAAGCCCACGACCAAACCUGAGACCCCCAAGUCGAGCAAAGCAGACGUUCUAGUAGCGGGCUCCGUAGCUAUUGACCUAAGCUGUGACUACCACCCCCUCGGCGGCGGCAAGGAGGUCUCGCCGCACAUGCACACUUCCAACCCUGCCUGCAUCAACCAGUCCAUAGGUGGCGUCGGUCACAACGUCGCCCUCGCCGCCCAUAGAGUAAGCAAGGAUGUGAGCGUUCGCCUCUGUAGCAUGGUUGGUGACGAUGUCGCCGGAAAGACCGUCCUCUCUUCCCUCGAAUCCUCCGGUCUCGACACAACCUACAUCCGUCAGCUCACGUCCGAGUACCAUGUCUCGAACCGCACCGCCCAGUACGUAGCCGUUAACGAUGCCGAGAAGAAUCUCGUCGUCGCCAUGGCCGACAUGGGGAUCUUUGCCAACCACUCAUUCCCGGACUACUGGAAGUCGGCCGUUGCAGGCACCAAGCCCGGCUGGCUGGUCGUUGACGGAAACUGGAGCCCCAAGGACAUCCGGGCGUGGAUUCAAGCAGGUCGCGACCAGGGGUGCGGCGUCGCAUUCGAGCCCGUGUCGACGGCCAAGUCGAUCGGCUUAUUCCCGCGGGAGCACCCUCACCUGGGUGUCUUCCCGAACCCCGGGAUCGAUAUCGCGUCGCCCAACAACUUUGAGCUUACGGCUAUGUACAGUGCUGCCAAGGAGAACGGCUUCUUUGACACGCCGGAGUGGUUUGAAGUCAUUGACGCGUUUAACAUGCGUGGCGCGAGGGAGCGGUUUGUCCAGCUUACGUCUGCGGAGAUGACGGACGCCGGAAUCCCUGUGCAGACGAUCCACCUGCUGCCAUACAUUCCAACGCUCGUGACCAAGUUGGGAUCCAAGGGUGUGUUGUUGACUACGAUCCUGGGACGGGAUGACCCCCGCCUUAAGGAUAGGAACGAGGAAAGAUGGCUGCUUACGAGGGCUCCCGUGGAUCACCCUACCGUUGGCGGCGUGUACAUGCGUCUCUUCCCGCCAGCGGAAAAGGUGGCGAUUGAGGAUAUUGUCUCUGUCAACGGCGUGGGAGAUACAUUCCUCGGCGUCAUGAUUGCGGGUUUGGCCAAGGGCGGCAAGGUUCAGAACUUGAUUAAUGUCGCGCAAAAGGCAGCUGUGUUGACGUUGAAGAGCCACGAGAGCGUGAGCCCUGACCUUGGACGGUUGGAUGAGUUGCUGAAAACUGCCGUCCGGUCUUAA